AUGAAUUUGGACAGUAUAUAUCUGUGGGAUUUUCUGGUCUCGACUGGCAAGACCGGCCCGGGCGGGCGUUCUCAACUUCCGCUCUUCAUCUCAAAAUACGGCAUAAUGAGCUCUCCGGAGGCUGCUCCAAGCAAAAGAAAAAGGUCCCCGUCGCAAACACCAGAACAUGACGGUGCACCACCCCCGACCCGUCGACGAGCACGGUCGCCAUCUCAGGGUUCCAGCUCAGCCUCUGACUCAGACUCGGAUGCACCUGCAAGACCAAAAGACGGUAAACUGGAAGCACGUGUAGCUGCAAUGGACCUCGACAAGGCGGCCAACUCAAAAGCGCUGCAAAAAGCCUCGGACGCACCGAAAGCCCCAGAACCCGACUCCGCCAUGAAAGCCGAGUUCGCAAAACUGCUCAACACACGUUCAGGAGGGGUGUACAUCCCCCCCGCACGUUUGCGAGCCAUGCAAGAAGCGGCGGCAGGCGACAAAACGAGUCCCGAGUACCAGCGGCUUGCCUGGGACGCGCUCCGCAAGUCCAUCACGGGUAUCGUCAACAGGGUCAACGUGGCAAACAUCAAGCAGGUUGUGCCCGAGCUGUUUGCAGAGAACCUGAUUCGGGGCAGGGGGUUGUUUGCGAGGAGCGUGAUGAAGGCUCAGGCGGCUAGUUUGCCUUUUACGCCCGUGUUUGCGGCGGUGGUGGCGAUAGUGAAUACAAAGCUGCCCCAAGUCGGCGAGCUGGUGGUGACGAGGCUGAUAAGUCAGUUUAGGAGGGCGUUCAAACGGAAUGACAAGAUCGUCUGCCACUCAACAACUACUUUUCUCGCACAUCUCGUCAACCAAGCCGUUGCUAGCGAAGUCAUUGUCCUCCAAAUUCUUGUCCUUCUGCUCGAACGGCCCACCGAUGACUCGAUUGAAAUUGCCGUUGGGCUCACGCGCGAAGUCGGUGCCUUCCUUGCUGAAAACUCGCCAAAAUCCAACAAUAUUGUGUAUGAGCGGUUCCGCGCGGUGCUCAACGAGGCGAAGAUCAGCCAGAGGGUGCAGUACAUGAUCGAAGUACUUAUGCAAGUGCGGAAGGACAAGUAUAAGGACAACCCGAUUGUUCCGGAGGGAUUGGACCUGGUGGAGGAGGACGAGCAGAUCACGCAUCAGAUUCAGCUGGAGGAGGAAUUGCAGGUGCAAGAGGGAUUGAAUAUCUUCAAGUUCGACCCGAACUACCUCGAAAACGAAGAAAAAUACAAGUCGAUCAGGGCUGAGAUUCUUGGUGAAGAUUCGGACGACGAAUCUGGUUCAGAAGAGGGUUCAGACGAAGAUUCUGAUGAAGAAGGUAAGGCGCCCGAAGGUAUCGAGGACAGGACUGAAACGAAUUUGGUCAACCUGCGCCGUAUCAUCUACCUAACGAUUAUGAAUGCCCUCAAUUACGAAGAAGCCGUGCACAAACUCCUCAAAAUUCAAUUGGAAGCAGGGCAAGAAAUUGAACUCGUCAACAUGAUCAUCGAGUGUUGCUCCCAAGAGCGCUCCUACUCCACCUUCUACGGCCUUGUCGGCGAGCGAUUCAGCAAGCUCAACCGAGUCUGGACAGAUUGCUUCGAGCAAGCUUUCUCCAACUAUUAUACCACCAUCCAUCGUUAUGAAACGAACCGGCUGCGCAACAUUGCCCACUUCUUUGGACACCUCAUGGCGACCGACGCCAUCUCGUGGCUCGCGCUUGAGUGUGUCAAGAUCAACGAGGAUGACACGACGAGUAGCAGCCGUAUCUUCGUCAAGAUCAUGAUGCAGGAGAUGACAGAGAGCAUGGGGUUGAAGGCGUUGGCGGAGAGGUUCAAAGAUCCAGAGGUGAAGCAGGGGUGUCAUGGCAUGUUCCCAAUGGAUGUGCCGAAGAAUACAAGGUUCUCGAUCAACUACUUUACGAGCAUCGGUUUGGGAGUGUUGACAGAGGAAAUGAGAGAAUACCUUAAGAACGCCCCGAAGAUGAUCAUGGAACAACGCCGCGCCAUGCUUGAAGCUGAGUCCUCAGACUCAGACUCGUCAGACUCGGACACAACCACCUCCGACUCAUCAUCCGACUCCGAUUCCGACUCGUCAGACGAGGGCUCCGAGAUCCGGGAGGGACCACAGCCCGCCGACGCCACCUCGUCGCGCAGGUGGAGGUGGGGUUAG